AUGUCUGUUGAAUUCAAGGAACCCAAGUCUCUCGAAGCCUUCAAGGAAUUGAUCGCCCAAGAUAAGCUCGUCGUUGUUGAUUUCCAUGCUACCUGGUGUGGUCCUUGCAAGUUGAUUGCUCCCAAGCUCCACAAGUUUGCUGAAGCAUAUGAUCAUGCUGUCUUUGCCAAGGUUGAUGUUGAUGAAGUUCCUGAUGUUGCUGCUGAAUAUCAAGUUCGUGCCAUGCCCACCAUCAUGUACUUCAGAAAGGGUGAGAAGCUCGGUGAGGUUGUCGGUGCCAACGUUGCCAGCAUCGAGGCUAAGAUCAAGGAGUUCUCUGCUUAA